AUGGUGGGAGAGCUGCUGGGAGAAGGAGGCAUGGGUUCGGUCUACGCUGGAGUGAGGAAGGCAGAAAAAUCGGAAUUCCUUCUUUUCCUAAUUAUGUUUGGUGUAUGUGAACAGGUCGCUAUUAAAUAUGUGGACAAAUCUGUCUGCAAGGAGUACAUCAGCAAGCCUGGAGAAACACACAGCCUGCCUCUGGAGGUCGCGUUGAUGCAGAUGGUGUCCAUUCCACCUCGUUCUGAGAACCUGGUGGAGCUAUUGCAAUGGUUUAAGGUGUCUGUUUGCUUCAUCUUGGUUCUGGAGCGACCCAGUCCUUACAUGGACCUGCAUGAGUUCUGCACUCGUAUCAACAGCCCACUGUCUGAACCGCUGGCUUGA